AUGAACACGUCUCCAGGAAAUUCCCAGAAACAUGCUAGAGCUCUGGACAUGUUAGAAAAACACAUUUCGCAGCAGAACAAACGUGUCAAGGGCAACAAUUAUGUCGCGUUGUCAUCAAUGCUGCAGCCUCUUUCGGGAUCAUCGCGACUGCCUGCACCUUCACAAUCCAGGCCUUUCACCAGAUCGCUAAAUGGACCGUCACCAUUCAGGCAAACGGUGAGAGAAGACGCAGCUGGGCAAGAGAGUCCGACGCGGCUGCGAUCUUCUCCCUUGCGCAAAAGCGUCGCGUUUUCAGACAAAGUGGACUCAUCGCCGCCACAGGAAGCACUGAAUUCGAGUCCGCGUCCUUCUUCGAUGGCCAAGGCUCCAAGGCCCAUUCUAAAAUUUUCAGACUCUCCUAUACGCAUCAAGACCAGUCCCCGUCGCUCUAGAGGUAGUUCCAGCAGCUCUAGUGACCAUAGGCUUCCUUUAGAGCUUUCGAGGCAUGAUUCCACAAAUCCUCUUACCUUAGACUACUGGAUCUGUGGAGAAGUCCAUAGUCUUGUGGAUAUCAACAGCAUUGCUGAAUUUAGGGCCAUCUUGACAGGCGGCCUGUAUUUUUUAUCCAAAGCGACGCCUGCGGCAAAGGAGCGCUUUUUUGAGUUUUAUGCAACUUUUAACAACAUCAUGCCGGUUUACUCUUCAGCAAUAUAUUCAGACGUCAAGGAAAAGAAAUUACAGAUCCUCAUAAACAAUAUUGAUUUAAUAUUAUCAACAUGUGUACCACAAUUGAUCGAGUUUCAGAACGUCCUGCUGAAGUCUUCGAGAAAGGAUCCCUUUGUUUCACGAACUUAUGUUCAAAUUGUUCGCUUUUUGACCACGAUAUUUUCGAACUUUAGACUUAUACGGGCAUGUGAGAAGAAUCCCAUUUUUCUAUCUUCUCUUCAAAGAGUAGUGGAUGGCUGUAUUGAAACAAUGGAGCAUUCAAACUCCAAUAAGGUAAUGAUCACCGCCCAGCUCGCCUUCCUCAGAGAUGAACAAUGUGCUAUUCAACGAAUUUCUGCUCCAAGAAUUGGUGCCAUUAUUAAGGCAAUGGGCAGGAUGAAGAGAAUUGAAAGCACUAAUUUGCUAAGCGAAAAGCUUUUGUUACUCAAAACAUUUUUGGGAAAGUAUACCAAGGUUAUGCUCGACACUAUUGAGUAUUGGCUUCCUACGGAGGUUUGUAUCCAAUUGAUAAAAACUGGCGAUUCGUUUUCGUCCAAAAUUUGCAGCAUAUGCGUGUCCAUAUUACUUGACCUUCUUAAAAAAUGUUUACAAGACUCAACUCAUCAGAAUAUUCUUUGUGUGCUAAAGCAGCCGGCUGCAAGACACUAUGCGCAUUCUGAUAUUUUGGAAUGUCAGACCGACAGAACGUUAGAGGAACUUCUUCUGGCUCGUGUAGAAGAUUUUAUUGUGGAUAAGGAUGAGCCAAGAUUGGCAUUGGAUCUCUGGCUCGCCCUUGUAGGGCUUCUCUUCAAUGCCAAAAAUGAAAUCAAGACCCUAUGUGAGGAGCCUAUAAAUCCAUGGCUAGCGGUUAAUCUCAGAUAUCAAGGUACAGAUGAUUAUCAUUUGAAAACUCUGGCUUUUCGUUCCUGGAGAAUAGUAACAUUUUUAAUUUGCUACAGAGGUUUUGGAGAUGCAGGCAUCUUGAACCAGCAGCUGUGCAAUACUCUUCUCUUGCCCUUUCGUUCUACUGAAGCAGCUGGGGAACACCUACGGGAUCAGGACUAUUAUGUUAUGAGAGGCGUUCUAUACAUGGUACUUUGCAAUAACAACAAGAACCUACUGGAUUUCGCUCUAAGAAAUAUUGUUCAGUCUUUACUGUUGGAUAAAUCAAUGAAUUUUUCGAAUAACAACCGUUGCUACGUCUUAGAGGUUUUGAAUCAUAUGUUGUGUCAGCCACAAAGUUUAUCUGCAAACAAAAGUGAUUUCAAUCCACUAAAAGUUGUAGCUUCUGCUGGAGUCAAAAUCGAAGAGUUUCCUCCUUUGACACAAUCGUUUCAUGACACGUACUGGAAACUAAUUUUAGAUUUAGCAAUUGAACUCAACAAAAACUGUGGAAGCGAGACAAGAGAAACUUGUUUUGAAUUUUUGAUUUUAGCCAUCGCCAAGAUCCCCCACCAAAGCGUUUCUGGAUCCAUGCGAGACAUUUGUCUUGAAGCUCUGUCAGGGUCAAUGAAAGCUGUGUUCAUGAACAGUUCGAGAAUCAUAAGUGUUUUAACAACCUGUAUGCUUGUAUUUCAGAGCCAUAUGUGGUCAACUGCCACCAGCGCCUUGCAAUUUCGGGAGGUUAUUAGCACAAUUAUUCGGAGUAGGAACUUGACUCUCCUUGAUAUUCUGAAGCCUGUGGCAGAAAACACAAAAGAUGUCCUCUCGGAUUUAGAGGUAUACAAUUUUUUUCUGAUGUUCAAAGACAGUGUCAUAACUUCAUAUGUUUCUAACGCUGUGACCUCUAAAAUACGCUCUGCUGAAAUCUCUCAGAGUGCGUUUGCUGCGCUUCUUAGCAUUGCCGAAAAGAUAUCUACUGAGAAUGUUGCCAGCACCGUCAUGACCAUCUGUGACAAAUUACAACGUGAACUAGCAAGAAAUGAGCACGACAUAAUGAAUUCUCUCGAUUUAGACGCACUGCAAAAGUACCUGCGAUUACGGUUGAGCUCAUUUACUCGUCCCAUCGACUCCGAGUUCAUGUAUUAUUUUGGUAAGACUGUAAGGAGUCACCAGCAGUUGCAAACCGCUUUGCAUGUACUUUUAAGUCCUCAAGAGUUUUCCCAACUAGUAUUACCUACGAUCAUGCUCGAGAGUCUGAACAAUGCUAACAAACCCCAUUGCUAUUUGAGCUGGUGGGAGCCAUGCAUCAUGAAAUACCCUAAGAUGGCUCUCCCCGAGGUCCUGAUGCAUUUUGAUGCCUUGUGCAAGCAUGUGCAACUUUGGUUUAUUAGACGAGUAUUGGUGAGUUCCCGUGACAGCGAGAUACCUCUUUGCUUCUCGUUUAUUGAAAACAUUUUGAAUUCUCCUUCUGAUGGCUGGUGGCGCUCGAACCUUGAAUUUCAAAGCCUGCAAUGUUCAUUCCUAAAUAUGUGUUGGUUGAAAAAUGAGAGCGAACUUUUGGCAAGAGCUAUACGAAUGCUGGUCGCUGUAAACUACAUCGCACCAAUCAAGGACCUGUUACUGACAAAUCCUGAAGCCGCAACCAAUGCACUAGAAACUUCCACUUUGAUCAUGUUGAUUGAAAAAACUGAUGAUGACAAAAACUCCAUAAUUCAGUUGUUGAAAGAUCGUAUAAGAGCAAACAAUUUAACCAUCGCCUUAGACGCCUUGGAAAUAGCCCUCACAUACGAAACCAAGCGUACUUUUUCUGCUUGCAAAAAUGAAUUUUUAGAGCUCUUGUUGGACACCGAGGAGACAAUUGUGCAUGAGAAGAAGCGAACUUUGACGCUACUCGAGAGCUCACUCGCAUAUCUGACCUCGGAGGACAAUAGCCUUCUGCACAGAGUUUUGAGGAAGCUUUUCUCAAGACUACCCACAGAUAUGGGUUCUUUGGUUUUCGAACAGUUAUCAAUUCUGCGCCGUGCUCCGUCUAUUAACCCAGACGAAUUUCCAGAGCUACGAAAUUUGCGAGAAAACCUAGCCAGUGGUGUGCAAAUACUUACACUUGACCAACCAAUUGAUUGUAUAAAACUUGGCGGGAUUCCAGGAGAAACGACCUCACGUUUGAACUAUGCUGGGCACUCGAUUAAUGUGACCUCUUAUGAUUCAGAAGCUGCGUUUCUUGGUUACAAGUCCAUCAUACCCAAUGUUGAAGGAACUAUGGUUGAAAAGGACCAACUUGAAACACGUUGCCCUACUGACGUUACUGAAUCCACUUCUACUACUAAAGAGGAUGGCCAGCAAUCUAACGUGGUACCAUGCUGCGGAACAAGUGCGCCAUCCAAUUUUCCAGGAGAGCUUUCGCGCAAGUUACAAUCACAAGACAAUCACAUCAACGAGGUCAGCAAUUUGUCCACUUUUGAAGAUCAUAAUAGACUAAAGACUAAAAGUAAACUUAAAACCGCAAAAACCUCUUCCACGAAGACAAAGUGUAUUGCACAUGAAGCAACGCUGCCGCUUGAUGAAACAGUUGGUCCUGAAUUGCCUAAACUUCUUCCUCCGCCUGUUUGCGGGCCUUCAUCCCAAAAUAUCGGCUUGGACAAAAAGUUUGAAAAGCCAGAAGAACCAGCGAGAGCUCGGGCGUCGUCAUUAGAGGUCAACGGCACUGCGGUGCCCAAGAUUCCAAUUUUUAAUUCGAGAAAGCUCAGUGGGAAUAUAGAUUCCGACUCUUCCUCACAGCAAGCGAACGAGCUACUGGGAAGUGGACAGCCAAAAGUUCAGGCAUGUACUACUGAUGACAGUCCUAAGGGUGAGCAAACACAAGACCCCGUAAACUUUAGCUACCCAACUUCUCCUCAAGAGACUAUUUUGAUGUCUGAUAGAAAGACUAGAAUGAUAGUUCAAAUUAUCAAACAAUUUGGUAAGACAGAGUUUGGACAGCUCUCUGAUACUCAAAAGGCUUAUCUUAAAAGCUCUAUUUUGAGGUUCGUGACCAAUACAGAAGCGAAACAAACACAACAAAAUAUCGAAUAG